CAUAUAUCAAGCAAUUAGGCUGUUCAAUGCUGCUCCAAUACUCUGAUCUAUAUUGAAAGUCUAUGAUUCAAUAAUUGCGCUCACGGAAAAUCACAAAAUGCUUCUCACUUCCUCGCAAGUUUCAAUCGCAAUAUCCUCAUUUAUCGUAUUCUUCUUCACAACAGCUCUGUUCCUCGCAGGCUAUGUCCUUCAACAACAGACCGUGCGCGAUAUUCGAGCUGUCAUAAAACCACAACUCGUUCGAGCGCCACCAAAUGGACCGGAAUUGUUUCUGCCGCCGCAAUUCAGGGAUGAUGGAUAUCUGGUCGAUGUGAUCGUAGAUCCAGUGUUGCCUCCCAAAAAUGAAGAACGAACAUCUGCGACAGAAGUUGAGGUCAAAGAAACGUCGCAGGAAGAAUCGAAAGAGAAUGCGGACGAAGCGUCUGAGGUAGAGGAGAAUGUCGACGAGGAUAUGAUUGGGGCAACAAGGUGGCAGAAAGCUGCGAGGAAGAAGCAGUUGGAAGCCUUGGAAGCACAACAAGCGGAUGGAGCACAAGAACCUAUGGGGGACGAGAAAUCGGCGUCGAAUACUAACAAUGAUGGCCAAAAGUCAGAAGCACAGAAGCAGGAGGAGAAGUUGAGCCGGGCGGAAAGGAGGAGGCGGAUCAAAGAGCAGAUAUUGGCAGAUGGAGAAGGAGAAUCAUUCAAGGGAUAUAGAAGGCGUAUGUGGUGAUCAUGGAUAUAUUUUAUGGCUGGCUGCUCUGCUCGGGUUACCGAAAAGGACGCUAAAGGGAUAUGCGUGGCGUUCAAUGCUUUGGGCUGUUUGGAUUACGAAGAAAUGUCUUGAUGUAUAUUAUGAUGAUAUUGUAUGUCUAGCAUGGCCCAGCCAUGAGGUAUAGAAGACUUGUGUC